AUGGCGUCCUCUUCCACAGGCGUAGAGCUCCGGGAGCUGAGAGGGGGCGGAGCCUCAGUGGGCUGCGCCGCCCACGGGUUUGAGAACGCCUCAUACCAGCAGGACGAGCAGCACGACCUCCGCCAGCCUGAGGCUCCGCCCCCAACCUCUGGCGCCAGCAAGGGAGUGCAGCAGCAUCAGGAGCUCCAUCCUCGGUCAUACGAUGAAGAGGAAGGAGGAGGAGCAGGAACAGGAGGAAGAGGAGGAGGAGGAGGAGGAGGGCAGGAGGACGGACAGGACUUCCCAGAGGUCCGGCCGGCCGCCGACCGCUCCGCGGACUACGGCUUCAUCUCGGCGCUGGUGCUCCUGGUGAGCGGCGUGGCGCUCGUGGUCGUGGCCUACGCCAUCCCGCGGGAGGCCCGGGUGGAGCCGGGCUCGGUGCCGGCCCGGCAGAUGGAGCAGCUGGAGCGGUUCUACGCGCGGCUCGGCUCCCACCUGGACCGCUGCAUCAUCGCGGGCCUCGGCCUGCUGACGCUGGGCGGCAUGUUCCUGUCGGCGCUGCUCAUGGCGUCCGUCUGCCGGGGGGAGGUGCACCGGCGCCGCCGCCACGCCUUCGUCAGGCCCAGGAGGACGUACGGCUCCGUCCACCUGAGGAUGAAGCAGCUGGCCACCGGAGAGGAGGGGGGAGGAGGAGGAGGAGGCGGAGGAGGAGGAGGAGGAGGAGGCGGCGAUGACAGGGACGGAAGGGAGGAUUUGUUGGUGGAGCGAGUCGUGCUGCCGGGUCCAAAAGGGGACGCCAAAUCAGAACCUGGACCCAGCAGGAUCCCCUCUGCUCCUCCUGCUGCUCCUCCUCCUCCUGUGUCUCCUCCCUCCUCCUCGGCCGCUCCCCAACGAGUCAACUGACUUGUGUCACGCCUCCUCUUGAGUGAGAUCCCAACAUGGGGACGCCAAACGGUGCGGAGAAACACGUUGAGCCCAGAGCAGCUUUCACCGCCGUUACCGGGACGGAGACGUUACCGGGACGGAGAGGUUACCGUAUUAUGGUCUGUAUGGUGAGCCACGGUUAACACAACCACACACACACACUCUCACACACACAAAUACAGAAACAUAUUAUUAUAAUUAAUCGCCUUAGAAGACUAAUGUCUGAUUAGAAAACCCUUGUGCAAUUAUGUUAGCACAGCUGAAAACAGUUAUGCUGGUGAUAUAAGCGAUACAACUGGCCUUCCUUUGAGCUUGAAGUUUGAAGAACAAAAUUAAUACUUCAAAUAUGAAUCAUUAUUUCUAACCUUGUCAAUGUCUUGACUAUAUGUUCUAUGAAAUGUUCAAUUCAUUUAUAAAUAAAAGUGAG